GUGUCCCCCUGCGCCGCUCGAGCCCGACAGAGACUCACUCCAAAAUGCAGCCGCAUCUAAUCUUACAGAUUUCUUUUGCAUCCUUUUUGAAGAUCUGCACCGGGGCAGAUUGGUGCUACCAGUCCCAGCAUACCUGUGCCACCCCUUGUAAUGGACCUGAGAAGUGGUACCAUGCCAACAAAGACUGUGAAGGCAGAGCCCAAUCCCCCAUCAACAUCGUCCACAGGAAGACCCUACCAGAUGAGCGCCUCACACCCUUCCAGUUCAGAAAAUACCAGGAUUCCUUCAGUGGCCUGAUCAAAAACAAUGGACACUCUGUUCAAGUAAAUGUGCCUCACCAACCGUAUGUGAUUGGUGGAGACCUGGAGACGCCAUAUAAGGUAGUGCAGUUUCACCUGCACUGGGGAAAGAACGGAGGACCAGGGUCGGAACACACUAUCGACGGAGAGCAAUACCCCAUGGAGCUGCAUAUUGUUCACAUGAAUGAGGAAUACUCAACAUUGGAAGAUGCCCUGAAAGACCCUAUAGGAGUUGCAGUCCUUGGAUUUUUCUAUGAGGAAUCCCUCAGUGCCAACAGAAAAUAUGACCCCGUUGUAAGAGCCCUCCAGCGCAUCAUGACGACUGGUGUUAAUACAACUCUGGUGUCAGUUUCUCUGGAACAGCUGAUUCCUCCCCAGCAGAACCUAAGCAACUACUACCGUUACAAAGGCUCACUCACCACCCCCGGCUGUACCGAGUCUGUGAUCUGGACUGUGUUCGAGAAGCCCAUCCCUCUCAGCAGAGACCAGCUGCGGGUGUUCUCAGACCUCCAGUUUAAGGAUGGCAAGCCUAUGGUGGGCACAUUCCGGCCGGUGCAGCCCCUCAAUGGCCGCGUGGUGUACCGGUCGGGAGGCACUGUGGUAGUGGCCAGCACUGCAAUCCUCUUGGCCUCCGUCACCAUGGCGAUGGGAUUAUCACAGCCCAACUAGAAGAAGGAAGGCAUUCUGAGCGAGCCGCACCACGACAUGCAUGAACACAAUGAGUUCUCAAAACCAAAAACCAAACAACCAACUGACAAACUAAAGUACAGCACCAACCAACAGCCAUGCCCUAAACAUUCAGCCUGAAAACCAACAUGUCCCAGGCCCUUACGAUACAUCAUAGUGAUUCAUGAGUUCUUGAAUUAUCGAGUUCUGUAGCUCAAGUUCUGAAGUUCACAAGUCCUACAGUCCAUAGGUUCAAUCUCCCUCCCUGUCCAAUGUUAGAUCAAUUUAGAGUCCUCAGCCUAAAUUUACAAUACAAAAUGUGAGGAGCCUCUGCUCAGUGCUCAGGUCGUUGGGUCACUGCACUAGAGUCUAAACAUAGAUGUCAAUAAAUCCAUGACCUAGUUGGUAUUAGACUGGCACGUGACCAUGUUCUUAGAACGGAAUGUGUGAAUGGUGGGUCAUAGCUAAUAAUAGAUAGCACUCAUAAAUACUCUCCAGUUCAAACCUAGGAGAGGAGGAGAGAGAGAUGCCAUGGCCUUGCCUUUCCCUCUGCAACUCCUAUUUCCACCACCACUGUCAGGAGUCAGGUGGGGAUUCUAUGCCACCCACCACGGGCCAGGCAAAUUAUCUGAGGGGUGAGGGGAACGGAGGUCCCCUAGCUCCAGGUGAAUCACCCACCAUAGGGUAAUGAAGGGCACAGGCUGAUGACGAUCACAACGGACCAUGCGGUUCUGUGUGUUACCGAGGUAAGAGGCUGAACUGUCCCUGUCCCGACUCCCAGAUCCCCAGUCACACAUGAGUUCCACGAGGAGGAGAUGGAGGAUAAUGAUGAUGAUGCAGUGAUGGGGCGAAGAGCUGAUAGGGGGAUUCAGAAGACUCAGUUUCUAGAAGCUAAACACAGCAGCGUUUAAGAUAACUAACUCAUUCAUUCAUUAAUAAAUAGAUGAAUCAAUUGAUUUGAAAAAUGGACUCAUUGAUUGAUCCUUAUUGAACCGUUGUCAUUACAGUGUUCUGACCAAUUAUCCAUAUCAAAUGUUUAACAUUGAUCUGCAUGUUCUCUCAUGCUGGAAUCUUGCUGUAACAGAACUACAGUAAAGUACUAUAUAGACUGUACAACUGUGGCACAGCCUUCCACCCAGCCACCAUGGACACUUCAGUAACGUUAUACUCCUUCUCCACCAGCUAGGCCAACUAAACUGUCUCAGGUUUAUCGUUGCGAACAUGCAACUUGUGUUCAUGGCUUGUAUUGCAGGUUCUCGGAUGCAUUGAAUUAUACCCACUGUGAAUUAUUACUACAUUCAAUAUUUUGACUUCUCAUUUUAUUUAUUCACAUGGCUUCUAUAUCUUGCUAAUUCAAGCAAGAGAUUUGUGAGUUUCUUGUGAAUAAAACAAGAUUGAAGUGGGAUUAUAUUAGAAAUAUUAUAUUGUUUCAUAACGCACCAAUGUUAUAUUUCUAUACUCUGACAUUUGUACACAUGUAUUUAUGUACUGUAUGUGUCACGCCUGCUCCCGCUUCCCCUCUCGAGGGCACCAGGCUGUCCUUCAAUACGCACACCUGUCACCAUCAUUACGCGCAGCAGCACUCACUGGACUCCUUUACUAUGUUGAUUGCCCCUCUAUAUCUGUCUGCUCCUCAGUUUGUUCCCAGUGUCAGCAUUGAUGUCGUUACGUUUUCCCCUGUCCAGAUGCUGUCCUUGUUUGUUUCUUGUCUAUUAUCCAUUAAAUGUUCACUCCCUGCACUUGCUUCUUGUCUCCCAGCUUUGGUCCAUAUGUGUAUAUUGACAUAUAAAGACACAUUGUUGAUGUUAUUUAUAUAUAGCUAGGUAUUUAAAAGUUUAUAUAUUGACAUCUAUCAGAAAGAAGAACCAACCCAAAAAAGUUGAAUUGACUGCAUUAUCAAGUGGUUUCUGACCAAUUCAAAAUACCUGUACUCUUGGAAUGAUUUAUGUUGACUUUCAAAAUUAUUGAAUAGAUUUGUUUGUUUAUUUGUAAUGCUUGAAAAUGUUAUAAGUGAUAUGGAGAAUGUGUUCCGAGUGAACAAUAAACUACUGACAUGCCUUUUCAA